UUAUGCAUGCAUGUGUGCACCUGUGUAGGCUACGGAAUGACUGCCAAGUGCCUUUUAAAUUUGAAAAUUGUUUCGUUUUCGUUUUGCGAACUGUUUUGAUUAACUAAUUAAAAUAAAAAAAACCGAUCUUUUAGGGAACUAUGUUCGGAUUAAUUCGUCCGACAUUUAGCCGUGAUCGUUGUCGCAGCUUGUUCGCGAUGGCUGUGAGAUUAACUGCUAGUGCCACCAGUGGAACUAGCAAAGGAUCUGGGUCGUGCGGCCCAAGUGCAGGACCGUCCAAGAAACCCAAUCCUGGUUUGGAGAAAAUCAGAAAAAUGCAAGAGCAUUUCCAAAAAGAUAAUGGCAAGCCGAUACAUUUAAAAGGCGGUAGCAAAGAUUUGAUGCUGUAUCGUGCCACCUGGGCUUUGGCGCUACUCGGAUUACUGCUGCAAAUUCAUUUGUUUGCAAUGUAUAUAAUUUAUUGACAUUUGUAUAUUUUUUUUGGUAAACAUUUGCUUAUUUGAAAUAAAUAAAAAAUAAAGGCAAAUAACUCGCAUGAUUUUGGC